ACUAUAAUUGAAUAAUAAUAAUAAUUUAUUAGAAUGUUGUAUAUAAAGAGAAUUCUGAUGAUAUUAGAAGUGUAUUUUCAUCCAAUGUCUCGAAGAAGAAACAACGCGCAAACUGUAAUUACAGUUUUUUGUACUUUGCUGCAAUUAGUGUAUAGUAAAUCAGUUGGAGAUGAGUGCAAUUUUGGAAACGGCACAAAAGGAUUUUGCGUGGGAAUUAAGGAUUGUCAGGAAGCUAUUAAACUUUUAAAUGUUAAGAAAACUUUGAACGUGUGUAGCUAUAUAAACGAGUAUCCUGUGGUUUGUUGUAAUGAUACCAAGAUUGUAGCAACGCGAGGAGUCAAAAGUUUAAAAUAUUGUCAAGAGUAUCAAAUAAUGAAACUACCCCAAACGAAAUAUGUCGGAGGUGGCAAAGAUUGUCGUCCGAAAGAGUUUCCACACAUGGCCGCUUUAGGCUUUGACAAUAAUAAUGAGAUUAUCUGGGGAUGCGGCGGAAGUUUAAUCAGCUUAAAGUUUGUGCUGACUGCUGCUCAUUGUCUCGACAAUCUGGAAUACGGACCUGUUAAGCAUGUGAGAUUGGGGGAUUUAAACUUAAAAAGCGAUGAAGAUGAUGCUGAGGUACAAGAUUUCUUUGUUACAAAGACAUACAAGCAUCCGCAAUACAAGAGACCUUCGAAAUACCACGACAUAGCUUUAGUAGAAUUAGAUCGUGAUGCUAAAGUCACGGAUUACGUAAAGAUCGCGUGUCUUAAUGUAAUCGAUAUACCAAAAGAUAAUGUAUACAUUACUAUAGGUUGGGGUUUGCUAUCGUUCCAUGGAACGCCAGCAAAUAUUCUUCAGAAAGUGCACGUAAGAGAAGUCAAUAAUUCAGCGUGCAAUAGCUUCUAUGAAGUACACCAGCGUUUAUAUAACUCGGGCAUUGUGGAAUCAACGCAAAUUUGCGCAGGAGAACCUGGAAAAGAUACUUGCAAGGGAGAUUCCGGAGGACCUUUGCAAAUACGCAAUAGGAAUUACCUGAAAGCUUACGAUAUCCAUGGAGUUACUUCCUUUGGAAAAGCGUGUCUCCUAACUAACAGCCCAGGUGUUUACACCAGAGUCUCCUAUUAUAUUGAUUGGAUUGAAUCAAUUGUUUGGCCAUGAAGUUUACAUAAUUAUUCUCAAAUAAAAACACAAAAAUACAAAAAAA